UAUUCGAAAACUUCCCUUAUAAAUAAUGUUACUCAAUCCGUCAACUUGUCUCCUGAGCAACAAGAACAAAAAAAAAAGAAAUGGAAGGCACACUGAUCUCGUCGUCGCCAUUCAGGUUCCACCCUUUGACGACGUCACGCAGAAUCGCCACCAUAACUAAGAGGAGAAAACAAACCACCGUGUGUUGCGACUACUACUACCAAGGAGGACGAGCGGUGGACGAGAACAUGGUGGUCCUUAGGAAACGGAUCCAUGAGAUUAAGAUGGUUGAACGAAACUACGAACCUCCUUCCCACUGGAUGCAGUGGGAGAAGCAUUUCUACUGCAGCUACGAUGCUACUAUCUGUGACGCUCUGUGUAUUCUCCAAACUUUCCUCAUGAACUCUCGUCCCAGCGUUGCGUUUGGAACGUUGCUUCUCAUCUUUUUCAGCGUUCCCGUCUCAACUGCUUUCUUUGCGUUUCGCAUCUUUGACAUUGUUCUUUGGCUUAUGAGUGCCAUUCACGUAGGAUGAUCGUGUAUAGUGCGUUAAUGUGUUGAUAUUUUCUUUUAGUUUAUUGUAUCGGUUCCUAUGAUAACAACAAUCCUAUUUUGAUA